GACUCGCUGGGUGGGGGCGAGUCUUGAAGGCUCCUGGGCGGAAGCUCUCUUGUGGCCGCCGGUUCUUGGUGCCGGGUCGGGCUCGGAUCCAAGCCUUGCUGGGAUGGUACCUACUGGGGAGCCGGGACUGCUGGCCUGCGACGGGGCAGAUGACCUGGCUGCCCUGGCGGAGCUGGACGAGGCGAGACUGCUGCAGAAUCUGAGCGGCCGCUUCCUGCAGCAGCGGGUCUAUACAUAUAUUGGGGACAUUCUUAUUGCGAUGAACCCGUUCCAGAGCCUUCCGCUCUACGAGAAACCAGUAUCAGAGAAAUAUCAGAACCAUGACAAGGGUACCCUACCCCCCCACAUCUUUGCCAUUGCUGACAGAGCAUAUCAGGCCAUGCUGGGGCAUCUGGCAGCAGGACCUCAGAACCAGUGUAUCGUCAUCAGCGGAGAGAGUGGUGCAGGGAAAACCGAGAGCGUAAAGCUACUGCUGCAACACAUCAUGCACCUGUGCAAGGGCAACUCACAGCUGGAGCAGCAGAUACUGCAGGUGAACCCAUUGCUCGAAGCCUUUGGCAAUGCACAAACAGUGAUGAAUGACAACAGUAGCCGCUUUGGAAAAUACAUGCAGCUGAGGUUCCAAAGGAGUACAGUGAGGGGUGCCAAGCUGAGUGAGUAUCUGCUAGAGAAGUCUCGUGUGGUGCAACAAGAUGCUGGAGAGAGGAAUUUCCAUGUCUUCUACUAUAUGUUUGCUGGGCUCACUGCAGAGGAAAAGGAGAUGUAUGGGUUGCUAGAUCCCUCAUUGUACAGGUACAUAAGUGGCUGGUUUAGGGCAGAGGACGUGGCUGAGUCCUGGAAGCACAAGUACUGGGAGGUGCGUAAUGCCCUAGACAUGGUGGGCUUCCAGGAACAGGAGCAGGUGGACAUGCAGGCAAUCCUGGCCGGAGUCCUGUCUCUGGGCAAUGUGACCUUCCAGUCCCAGGAGAACAAUGGGGCCGUGAGAGUGAGUGAAGCCUCCAGGGGGUGGCUGAAGGCUUCAGCGGGUCAAUUUGGAGUCCAGGAAGAGGAGCUAUUGAAAUGCCUCAUUUGUAAAGUGUCCGUAACCCGGGGAGAACAGAUUCAGCGUUUCCACACCCAGCAGCAGGCUGAGGAUGCCCGGGACUCCAUUGCUAAGGUGGCAUAUGGCCGCGUGUUUGGUUGGAUUGUCCGCAAAAUCAAUGAACUGCUGGCUGAGAAUGUGGAUCCUGAGGUGGAGCUGAGGGAGAUUGGGAUCCUGGAUAUCUUUGGGUUUGAGAACUUUGUGGUGAAUCGUUUUGAGCAGCUCUGCAUAAACUUGGCCAAUGAGCAGCUGCAGCACUUCUUCAAUUAUCAUAUUUUCCAACUGGAGCAGGCCGCGUACCAGGAGGAAGGGCUGCCCUGGGAGGCAAUUACAUUCAACAAUAACAAACCCAUUUUGGACCUGUUCCUGGCCAAGCCGCUGGGGCUGCUGUCUCUCCUGGAUGAGCAGAGCACGUUCCCUCAGGCGACUGAUAAAACCUUUGUGGAUAAACUGAAUAGCACCUUCAAGGGGAACUCACACUUCCAGCCAUGUAGAGGCCGUGUGCUAGGGUUCAGCAUCAUUCACUAUGCAGGGAAGGUUCAGUAUGCUUCCUGUGGCUUCCUAGAGAAGAACAGAGACACUUUGCCAGCAAAUAUCCGGGGUCUCUUCAUCAACAGUGUCACCCCACUACUGAGUGUGCUGUUUACAGCCACAGUUUCCAGAACAGGGACUUUGAUGCCUCACAUUAAAGCCAAGGUCUUGCCAGGAACAGACAAUAACUUCAACAACACACGGAAGCAAUCAGUGGGUGCUCAAUUCCGGCAUUCACUAUCCGUGCUGAUGGAGCGAAUGUACUCUGCUAACCCACACUUUGUGCGCUGCAUCAAACCGAACAGCCAGAAGGAGCCGGGCGUGGUUGACAGCCAAGUGGUGCUGGAGCAGCUCAGAUACAAUGGAUUGCUGGAAACCAUCCGGAUUCGGCGAAAUGGCUUUUCCUGGAGACCCACUUUUGAGGAAUUUGCAAAAAGAUACCGAAUUCUCCUAAUUAAACCAGAUGUCCCACUCACACAGGAAAGCUGCUUGGAGAUUUUGCAGAGUACAGAGCUGAAAGACUGGAGAUGUGGGAAGUCCCGCCUCUUUUUUAAGUACUGGCACCAGGAACUGCUGGCAAAGAGCAUGGACCGCUUGGAAAAGGCAGCAAUAAUCAUCCAGAAGACUUACAAGAGAUUCUGCUGUAGGAAGAGUUACCAGGAGCUGGUGGUUGAGCUCAGAGCCCGGGAGAAGCAUCUGCAGGAGGAAGCAGAGAGAGAGAGCAACAGGCAACUGGAACUGGAGUCCCAGGCCCAGAUUGCCUCACCAGUCCCUGUGCCACGGAGGAGAUGUCCUCAGCCCCUCCCCCGGUCUCAGCCUGGAGCUGAUUCUCUGACACAGCCACCAGUACCACGCCCUCGCAGCAAACUCACAGAGUCGACUCCCUUUGAUAAUUUUUUGCGCUCCAGGCCCUGUCCUGUGGUGGGGACAGAGGGGCAGACAGGAGAAGAAGAAGAAAUGAGGCAAAUCAAGAGGGGAGCAACUCUCCGCUGGUUCAGAGAGACACAGGCCAGGAAGGUUAUGCAGGAUGAUGGGGCCUUUCCUGGCUGGCUGCAUGGGAUGAUCAGCAGGAGAGAAGCUGAGAACUUGCUGAUGGACAAGCCUCUGGGCAGCUUUCUGGUUCGAAUCAGUCAGAGCAGGCCAGGCUACACCCUGUCAUACAGGGGUGAGAGCCGCUGCAGGCAUUACAUGAUUGAGAUGCAGCCCAAUGCACGCUAUGUGAUCCUGGGGGAGGACCGAGCUCACACCUCACUCACCCUGCUGGUCCAAUACCAUCGAACUGUGGGAAUCCAGCCCUUCAUGGAGACGUUGACUGUGCCCUGUGAGCAGAGAGGUGAUGGGGACUCCAAUUAUGAGGAGCUGAAAUUCCACACCCUGGCCCCAUGCCCAGCAGAUGGGGAGAAGCAGCCUGAAAAGGAACAGGCUGGUCUUAAUGGGGCACCUGUUGUCAGCCACAUCCAGCAUGCAGGAGCAAAUGCUGUUCUCAAGCACAUGCUGUUCAGGAAAUCAAAGAAAUGCCAAGAGCAGCAGCUGAGCCCAGACGAGGAGGGGGCGGAGCCAAGCCCAUGUGAGGCUGGGGUGGCCAGACGGGCCAUUCCUCGCCUCUACCCCUCCAUACGAUUGGCAAUGUGGGAAAUCCAGCAGUUUUCUUCCCACCCCUCGAAUGGUUCCUAUGCUGAGCUGCAACUGAAGCCCCAGCACUGAAGGCAGCGGGGCCCACAGCAAGAGUGACAUGACAAACCUGGCUCAGGCCCUGCAUCACCUGGUAGAAGCACCUGGGGAGAUGGCAGCCUCGUCCACAUGCACAGGGCUGGCUCUGUGCCCUAUGGACAAGACACUGGAAGAGAAGAACUUUCUGCAGCUUUUUGUCAUGCUCUGCCACUGGGGAGCUGCUGUACAGGCUAGUCUCUGAUUCUGGCAGGAGGAGGUGAUGGAAUGACCAAGAGCUGGGGUCAUUGUGCAAAUCUGUGUGGAAAUCUUGGUGGUGAUUUUUCUGAUAUAGCUGGAGAAUGAAUGCCCUGUACUUUGUGUGUUUAGAUAUUUGGCUGUGUAUGUCUUCUCCCUUUGUGCUGUCCCAGCUCUGCACAGACAGCUGGCACAGCAGACCUCGAGCAAACUGCCCAAUGACCACAAGAUCCCUUAAGGUGCGAAGACACCCGGCCAUGUUUAUUGUCAACAAAGCAUGGUAAUAGCACCUGGCAGACUCUACAAGGAUACUAAAACGUGUAUGCCCAUGAUAAGGGACGCAGUUCAGUGAAUGGCGGGACUAUCCAUUCCACCCUCAGCUGGUCAAAGAUACUCCCUCUGAGAUACAUCAUAAUACCCUGAUACAAAAAAGUUAGUACUGCCUCUGACAUGGUUACUGCCCCCGAUGUGGUUAGUUAUCACCCAUCACCUUAUACAUGUUGGUCCAAUCAAAACAUCUCGAUUACGUACUGUCAUCCUGACCUUAUCUUUUAGGAGGGAUUAGUUUGUUCCUGUUAUCCUUGAGGAAUGUUUCUGUACCAUCCUUGAUUAUCAGGAUGUUCUGGUACCACUUAAUAUCGGGAUGUGUUUGCGUAAGUACUCUGUGCUUAGCACUUCUUAGGAAUGUGUAUUUCUGCAAUAUCAGCCCUGUUUUGCCACAUUCUGUGAGCAGGUCCUCCCUCAAACCAGGCCUCUAAUACAAGGGCUUAUGUCUCUUCCUACUACAUUUUGGUUAACAAAUCUGAUCACUCAGGCUGUCUCACUGUAUUCCUUUAGCUCACAAUUAGAGUGCUGAUUUUCAAUCUACCAUUUUGAGUUUUCUCUGUGCUUUGGCAAGGUCACUGUGGGGGUUUGGGCCCGCUGUUCCGGCAGGCCAUGGAAGUCUGGCCCUGGGGAUACAGAAUUAAAUUGAUUUGUUCCUUUUGCCUUUCUAGCAUCAAAACCAGAACUGAGACCCUCACAGAAACAGGAAGGCGCUGCUGCCUCCCCUAAGCCAAAGCCCUCACUUGGGCUACUCCCCCAUCUCUGUGCUGGGUUCUAGCCCAGAACAGAGAAAAUGAGGGACCUGUUCCUGUCCCCCAUGCCUUGGUCUCCAUGGAGCAGUAACACUAAGUCUCCAGGCUGCACAAUGGUGUCCCCUGACCCAUGGCACAGAGAAGCUGGUGCUGCACUGUUUACAUUUUCUCUCAUUUAACACAUUGAAUGUAAUGAGACUUUUUGGAACAGCUUCUCUGAUGUUAGGUGGAGACCAUGACCAUAGGCGCCAACUCCUUGGGUGCUCUGGGGCUGCAGCACCCACAGGGAAAAAUUAGUGAGUGCUCUGCACCCACUGUCAGCUAAGCUCCCCGCCCCGCCUCUCCUCCUCCCCCUCCCCUGAGCAUGCCGCAUCCCUGCUCCUCCACUAACCUCCCAGCGCUUGCCGCUACCAAACAGCUAUAGUAAGCUCCGGGAGGGAGGGGGGAGGAGCGGGAACGCGGCACACUCAGGAGAGGAGGCAGGGCCAGGGUGGGGAUUUGGGAAAGGGGUUGGAAUGGGGGUGGGAGGGGGAAGGGCAGGGGUGGAGUUGGGGCAGGGCUGGGGGCAGAGGAGGGGUCGAGCACCCACCAGCGCCAGUAGAAGUCGGCGCCUAUGACCAUGACAUCUGUGUUCCUAUGGUCUUCAGCCAUUUCUCUGAGUCCUGGAUGUGGGCAAAGUGCUGUCCAAGAGUCUGCUUAGGGAGCAAGGAAAUGGUUAAUGAUUGGUAACCAGGGCAGAGGUAAUAUUCACAGCCUCCUUUCAGUGCUAAGGCAACUGUAGUACAACAUUAUCCUGCUGUCCUAGCUUGUUGCUUUGACUCUGGCUUCCCUGUCUGUGCAUCUCUUCACUGGUGCACCCUUCUCUGUCGCUGCUUGUGUUCGCUGUCAGGGCCCUCCUGGUCAAUCCUCAUCCUCCCUGUCCUCUCUCAUUUGCUAUUAAGUUGUCGACACAUGGGUGCAUGAUGCCAGCCUCAACUGCCCACCUGUUAAAUAUUCAAACGAGCACCUUUAUGAUUUCUCCCAUGCUGCCUCUCAAGAUUGGGAGGCUCUCCCUAUAAAAACCCUCAAAGCUACCUCAUUAUUCACCUUCAGAUCCCUUCUCAAAACUCUCCUUUGCAGUGAUGCCUAAAAAAACAUGACAGUGAUUAUCCAUCUAUAGUCUCUUGUCUGAUACUUAGAACGUAAGCGCCUUGUUCCAGGGGCCAUCUGGUUUUUUUUCUGUCCUUGUACAGCGCCUAGUACAUUGGGUUCCUGGUCCAUGACUAAGGCUCCGAGGUGCUACAGCCAUCAUCCCAAGCCAUCAGUAACAAUCACAAGCUCUUGCUACUUGACCUAGUGGUAGUUGAUAAAUUGUAUAGGCAGUUGCUUUAACUCACUUUGACUCAUUGUGAAAUAUAUUCAGAAGACCAAAGAACCAUUAUCGGUCAGGUUUACUGCUAAAGCCAAUAAGAAUAUACUAUGGGAAAAAAGAGUCAAUAUGAUACUGGUCUCUGGAAGCCAUCUCAUGCAGUGUUAUGUUCACCUUACACAGAUGGUGUACUCCCAGAGUUAUACGUUUCAGCUGAUAAUAUUUAUAGGAUGAUUUUACAUGUUACACAUCUCUUUACAUGUCACUAAAAUCCACGCCAUCAGUUCAACCCAGUUUCUUAUCUUAUUGCUCUGUUCCUUCCCUUCUCUUUGUUUUGGAUACUCAUAUUCCAGGUACUGGUUUGUCAGUGUAACUCCCUACCUCUUGCUAUGGUAAAAUAAUCAUAUGUCCUGAUCCUGACAACUUUCAUAACUAUUUAAGCCAAAGCUUAUUUUAGCUAAUGCAAGGUGUUAGAGGACACUUACUAUAAUUCUGGGCUCUUAUGCUAAAGAUAUAGGCCAUCCAGGUGUGGGAAAUCAGUAUUUCAAGAUCCCCAUCAUGGAUAAGGUCAUUCAAGGUUUGUUUUGCCUUGUGCAUGUCAUGGCUAAUAUGAAUAAUGUGCGUGUUUUCUGUCUAGUAAUGAUUUUAAUUUAAACUGAGUGGAUUAAUUUACAUGUUUAAAAAACUGGUUGGUAAAUUUAAACUUCAUCUUGGUAUUGGGGAUCACUUUGGAUAAUAAAUUCAUUUUGAAAAACUGG